UCGGAAGUCAUGAAGAACGGAGUAACGCACAGCACAUCUCGAAAGCGAGCGACGUUUUUUCGAGUGGCAAAACGGGGCGAAUCUGAUUAGAUAAAUCUUAUCAUCAUCGACAGUGUUGCGCGUUGAGACGUGAGGGAGCUUAAUUGAACCUGCUUGUGUGAGCACCCCUGCGUACAGGUAGAGCUCGUCGGGUUUGCUAGUGUCCGUGUGACGACCGUUUCUUUCGCGAACUCGCGGGGUGAACCAGUUUCUGGGGGAGGCGACCGGAAUAACGAAUUCUCGCGCGGUUACAUUGUGAUAUGGUGGCAUUUUUGUGUCGUCGGUGGUUGUAUCAACAGUGCCCCGGGGUUUGCUGGCGAGGGUGAAUACAGAGAAUGCAGAGAGUAUGGCCGCGAGAGCAGUGAGAGCAGCGAACGCGUAGCUUAAGCGACGAAGCAACGAGAUUAAACCGAGCCUCGACGUGGUUGGCGUGAGAUGAGAGUGCGCACCAGCGAGAGCGUGAGCGGAGAGAUUCUUCUUUAGUAGCUAAGUGAGUUAGCUUCGCACGGUUUCAGUGUGCUUGUGCCGGUCGAUGGGGAUGACAAUAUGAAAACACCCACCAGUCGUUUUUAUCUGAGAAGCAGGAGCAAUCAACUGUUGACAGUUCGAUGUAGUGAACGGUGAACACCUCCGAUCUAGGUAGAGCAUGUAACGACAUCGCAUUUAAGCAAGGUGAUUAAAAGGUACGCACGUGACCACGCGUGUAUGGUGAAGUGCUCUUGAAAAGGAAGAGGAAAAGGUGAUAAAAAAACGAAAGUGUGCUACAUUAUGUAAGGCUAUACACACGGCCAAAGAUUCCUGCUCGAGGUUAAACGCGUUCGUCACCUGGUUUGGAUGUGCGUUUGAGUCACUGUUCCUAGCAAAGCGCCGUCCUUGAUGAGUUGUGCUCUUCUACCAGCACAGCCAAGUCGGUCGUCAGACGUCAGACGUUUGAACAAACGCGUGUGUCCGUAAAUUCCCUAUUAGUGUUUGUGUGUUCUACAAUCGUACAACAGCUGUUCGGGGUGACACGUGUGUUUGGUUGUGUUAGCGUUCGAUCGUCUUGCAGCGUUUGGCGGCCCCUACGUAGUUCUUCCGUGCCGUAGGUAAUGAUGGUUCGUUGCGCCAUGCGGACGUUUGUGCGGUUGUGCUGUUUUGUGCUUUUGUGUCUGGUGGUGCUGCUCGAUGGCAGCGUGGCGACGAUAGAUAACGCUACGGGUGCGGUUCGCGACAACUCGCUGCCGAGUGAAGUGCCUGCAGUAGUGUUUGACCAAUCCAGUGUGGCCGUGCCGGCAGCUACCGAACUGUCGACAGCAACGAUUGCAACAGAAACGAGCCCCGCCACCACAGUGGCGACGUCAUCAUCGUCAUCGGUCGCUACCGGUAAUGAGGCCACCCAGAGCGUGACGACAACAACCGCCACUGUGCCGGUGUCUACCGUACCUUCGACGCAGAUUGAGCCGAUUCAUCAGCUACAGGCCGCCACCUCAUCGGCCGGCGAUGGCGAGCUUCCUGCCAACUGUUCGGAAUUUAGUGCCUCUCCCAUACAGCUGAUGUACAGCGAGCGGGCACGUAUUCGCAAGUGCUGCCCACCGGGACGCAUGAUCGAACCGCGCAGCAACUUCCAGUACGAGUGCGUGCCCGGCAGCCGAGAACUCCAGAUCGAUACGAUCGAUGCCCAGUUCUACGGCAACAACGAGUGCAUUGAGGUGAGUGAAAUCGUACCAGAGCUGCCGGUAGUGUGGAACGAUCUGUGCGAAGGCGAUCCGCAGGCCCUGAUGUACAGUGCCGACCAGGGCGACGAACUGUUUGUGCUGCAGAACGGAUCGCUGUUGGUGCUGGAGCUGGGGUCUCUCGUUUCCGUGUUCGAUAGCUACUGUGUGGAGAUGACCGGAGACUCGCAGCUGUUGGCAAAGGUGUGCGAACAGGUCCGGAUCGAUCGUAUAGGGGUGAUCGAGUUCUUCAUGCUGUUCAGCUCGUUGCUUGCCGUGCUCGCGCUGCUCAUCACCGCACUCAGCUAUUCGUUUGUGCCAAAGCUGAAAGAUAGCUUUGGCUAUCUUAUCGCGGUCCAUGCCGGCACGUUCGCUAUCGGGACGAUCUUUUUCGGGCUUGCGCGAUGUGCGGGACGCUGUAUCGAUCCGGCCAAUGUUGAGGUCACCGAAAUGUUCUCAAACGCACUACUUGGAACCUCGGUGUUUGUCUUCUUCCUGAUGAACGUUUAUAACACCAUGUACGUGGCGUACUACAUCCCGAACGGGCUCGAGUACGAGAACAAGAACAAGCGAGACAUGUAUGCGUUCCUAGCCGUACUGUACUGCAUCACACUAGUGCCCUUGUUCCUAUUUCCCAGAGGAGGACUCAUAUGCAUCGUGUUUCUGUACUUUGGAGCGAUUGUGCUCGCACACUUCCUCUCGUGGCACUACGCGCGACGCCUCACCUCCGGCAUCUACCUGCAAAUCAGUGGCCAAACGAAGAUAAACCAAACGCGGCUGAACGAAAUCAAUGGACAGAGACACCUCUGCCUGAUCGAGACCGGCUUUGCUCUGUUGCUGUGGGUCAUUUUGGCGGGCCUGAUACUGUCGAAAAGCAUGUCCGGCAAUGCGCGCAUCGUGGCCGUGUGCUGUAUCGCGCUGCAGGGACUGUUUAUCGGUGUGCUGUUUGUCGCUGGUCAGCAGCGCUGGAUCAUACUGCGCGAGUGCUGGAGCAACUCGGGCUCGGUCGACCUGCGGGCGGUCGAGAACGGGGUCGAGAUGAAAACGUUCGUCAAGCCGAAGGUGAUGGUGGAGGAAAGCGAAGAUGCAGCGCCCACGUAAAAGCCGGUGCUCGGGUGUUCGGGUGCACUGUCCGCCAGUACCGCAAAACAAAGGCCAUAUACUGUAUCUGUGAUCCCGUUUUUGUCCCGUACCGAUUACAUGUAUUACUGACACGGGACGGUGACACGAAUCGAUCGAUAGAUGUCGAAUUCGAAUAUUUAGUAGUUACCAAAACGAUUGGCGAAAGUGUUGGAGAGCUGUAAUGCUGUGCCAAAGCCAAACCACCCAAUCACAAACAUGAAGUUGGAUUGAUAGUGCGAGUGUGUUUGGAAGAACGAAGCAUUAACGAGAUACGAACAUUAGACUGUAAGAUAAUAUUAAUAGAAGUAUGUAAUAAAAGAGAGAUUUACAGAUGA